AUGGCCCAGAGUGAUUGCUUUCCGGAAAACUUUUCGGAGCUUUCGGCGUGGGAUCUCUGGGAUGCCUCGGAGCAGUUUGCAGGGCGGGACGGUUAUUCCCGUGAGCAGUGGUUCAGCUUCUGGCGUUCAGCUUUGCAAGAUCGGGUGGGUGCCCCGACCCAGGAGCCCUGUUCUACUUUGCCCUCACCUACUACGACGGAGCCUGCACCCUCAGACGAACUCGACGGUGCUACGACGGAGGUGGCUUCUACUUUGCCUGCAUCGGCAAUCGAUCCCUCAUCUACUUUCCCGGCUCCGCCGGAAGUCCCCUACCAUGAAUGGGGCACAGAUGAGUGGGUGCCUACGCCCAGGGCCAGCUGGGAGGAGGACUCAUGGCCCUCUCAGGAGCCCUGGGCGGCUGAAGUGCUUUCCACGGAUGGGCCGCCCUCUUCUUUGCCUACACCUACCACGGAGGAGGCGGAGAACUUUAACUAUGUGCCGUGGAAUUUUUCGCAGCUUACGGAGGCGGAACUGUGGCAAGCGUCCGCAUUUUUCGAAGAUUGGUUGGGAUAUGACAGACAAGAGUGGCUGGACUUUUGGGUCACUUUGCGGGAAUCCCAGGGGACUUCAGCUACUUUGCACACGGCUUCAGAUGGUGCUGCUGGGUCCACUACGGAUGCUCCCCCAGAUCCUUUACCUUCCACGACUUCUACAGAUUCGACGGCAGUUCUUUACCGCAAGCCUCGGCAUCAGCAAGCGGCGAUCGGCCGCGUACUUUACCUCACAACCAGCGCGUUUUCCGUACUGAGUGGGGCGAAGAUCAGUUGA